CCCCCUCUCUCCCUCAGCUCGGACUCUAUCCACCGUGCUCUAUCCACCGUGCUCUAAUAUAGGAGAGGUCCGGCGCGAGCAUCCGACCAGGCAAAGAGAAAUCGAACAGCAGACGGUCAGCCUGUACCUUUGCCUCCCGGUCUGAUUCGGGCACUCUUUCCAGCUCUGAGCCAUAAGUAAAAACCAAAAGGAGAAGUAACCAGGGAAAAGAGAAUAGAGGCGAAACUGCCCACACUUGUUGCUCGCGUCGUCAGGUAAGCCCCCCGUUGGCAGCCUGAAGUUCUCAGUGGAGAGUCUGGUGCGCACAUGGCUCCAAAAACGCGCUCCUCGCUCCGCUGACAGCCGCGCAACAUGGAGUCACACUCUGGAUAAUGAGGCCUACCAGCUGCAUAAGUGUAUACUGAUAACCUGGUCACGUUGAAGCAAAGAAUUAUAUAUCUAUCAGUCUAAUUAGAUAUAGACAUAUAUAUAUUUAUCCUUCGGAAGGGACAAAAGGGACAAGAAGAGAAUAGCCAUGCUCGGUUUGAACAGGAUUCUCAGCCUCCGGGCAGCACGGAUUCAGCGUUGUGGUUCUCCGGGAUCCAAACUCUCAUCCAAGCCUUCUUCAUGUCAGAACGCCGGUGCCAGCUCGAGGAUUUAUUGUGCGUGUCUGUUGCUGCUGCUGCUCGUGACGCCUCGGGUAGACUCUUCAUGGUGGUACAUCGGCGCCCUGGGGGCCCGUGUGAUCUGUGACAACAUCCCUGGUCUGGUCAACAAACAGCGUCAGCUCUGUCAGCGCCACCCCGACAUAAUGCAGGCCAUCGGCGAAGGCACCAAGGAGUGGAUUAGAGAGUGUCAGCACCAGUUCAGACACCAUCGAUGGAACUGCAGCACUCUGGACCGCGACCACACCGUCUUCGGACGAGUCCUGCUCCGGAGCAGUCGGGAAGCCGCUUUCGUCUAUGCCAUCUCCUCGGCGGGAGUUGUGUACGCGCUGACUCGGGCCUGCAGUCAGGGGGAGCUGAAGACGUGUAACUGCGACCCUCACAAACGAGGACGAGCCAGGGAUGAUCGAGGCGAGUUCGAUUGGGGCGGCUGCAGUGAUAACAUCAACUAUGGGAUCAAGUUUGCCAAAGCCUUCAUCGAUGCCAAAGAGAGAACUGUCCGAGAUGCUCGGGCCCUCAUGAACCUACACAACAACCGCUGUGGCAGGACAGCAGUGAAGCGCUUUAUGAAGCUGGAGUGUAAAUGCCACGGCGUGAGCGGCUCCUGCACACUGCGGACAUGCUGGAUGGCCAUGUCGGACUUCAGGAAGACUGGCGACUACCUGAGGAAAAAGUACAACGGUGCCGUGGAAGUGAUGAUGAACCAGGAUGGGACAGGUUUCACGGUGGCCAACAAGGCCUUCAGGAAGGCCACCAAAAACGACCUGGUCUACUUCGAGAACUCUCCGGAUUACUGCCUGCAAGACAAAGCAGCAGGUUCUCUGGGCACGGCUGGACGCGUGUGCAAUAAGACAUCACGUGGCACAGAUAGCUGUGAGGUCAUGUGCUGCGGGCGUGGCUACGACACGACGCGAGUCAAGCAAAUCACCAAGUGCGAGUGCAAGUUCAAAUGGUGCUGUGCAGUGGAGUGUAAGGACUGCGAGGAAGCUGUGGACAUACACACGUGCAAAGCUCCAAAACGAGCAGAGUGGCUGGAUCAAACCUGAGGCCACACCUCCCCUGCCCCCUGUAAUGCAGCCCCACCCCUUUUCCCCUUUGCAGGAUAACCUGUGGAACAUGGCAUUAUGGGAAACUUUGUCCAAAAGUGUUCUGCGUCUCCGCCCUCCUCUUCCCCCACUCUGUCUCAUCAUUGCAUGGCUUUUCUACCUGUCUGUGAAAGCACUAGAAUCCAUUACCCAUCAAUAUGAAUUCCUACCCGUUAGCCUAUGUUUGUGAAUGGCCCUGUGAUUGAACUGCUGGGAUCAGAUGAACAGAGAUACCAGUUGGCGUUUAUCACCAGUUCACUUCAGAAGGCCUUUGUCCUUGUUCCUGCUUCUGGGUUUAAAAUGGUUUGCUGCUUUCAUGAUGCUUUAAAGACAAAUUUUAUUAACUGAGCCUUAAGACAUAUCCAGUAUUAUUACAACAUCAUAUACUCACAUUUUUGCUUCAGUUUGUUUGGGGGAAAAUACUCUUUUAUAUACCAAAAACACAAAAAUCCUAGUUGGUUGGACUUUGAAGUGCAAUUUGAGAAGUGGACAUUUUAGCAUAAAGUUGGCCAUAUGUGGCCGAACAGGAGUCCAAACAAAGGACCAUCGGAGAACAGGGAGAUGGACACCAGAUGAAAAAACGGACUGAUGUGUCAUCGGAACUUUGAAUGAAACUGUACAAAAAAGAAAAAAGGAAAAAAAGAAAGCCGCUUAAAGUGAAUUAUUUAAAUUGUAAAGUGUUGUUUCAUUUCUCAUCUGUAGAUGAGACUGCACUACAUUAGCUGAGAUGGGGAGAGAAAAAGAGCACUCCCAUUACUGUUCUACUUUCCAGCAUGUAAGACGACAACCUGCUGCUGAGAAUAAUACAAAGAAAACUGAAGCCUGUACUUUCAUUCUGUCACACAUUAACCAAAACAUUGACAGAUGUCGCUUCUCUGCUCUUCAGCUUGCUUGUAUAACAUUGUGUAUAUUGCCUUAUCUAAACAGAUGUUCAUAUGAAAUAUAUGGUGGUUUGACA